CCCCCAUAAUGAAGCGAGUGCUUACUACCGAUAGCGGACUUCUUUAGUCGGCGAAGCAGUACUUUUUAAAUCUCCAUCUGUCGCAUGUAAAAUUGAUAUAUAUAUAUAUAUAUAUAUAUGUUUUACUGAGAUCUAUGAUUAAGCAAGCUGACGCAUUUCAUAGGAUUUAUUUUCAGCAUUAUUGCUAUCUGCUAGCCAUAAAAACAACAACAACAUCGCGCUGUAUUCGGAUGACGGCGAGCAUCGUGUUUGGCUGCUAUUUGGGAGUAACACCUUCUGCAAAGGGUGGACAUUAAGUGAGCUGUUCGUAUGAAAGUCAAGUACUGACUGUCGGUUGAAUUAUGUCCACGUUGUCUUUGGAUAAAGAACUGCAAGAGCGCUUAAGAGAGGCGAGUGCUAUUGGAGACCUUGACGAAGUGCGGACUUUAGUCGAGAGCGGAGUGAACAUCAACUCCCAAAAUGAAAUCAAUGGAUGGACAUGUUUACACUGGGCAUGCAAGAGAAACCACAAACACAUAGUGGCAUAUCUUCUGAAUUCUGGAGCAGACAAAGAAAUUCUCACCGCAAAAGAUGAGUUGGCCGUGCAGUUGACCUCCAAACCCGAGAUCAGAAGACUGCUCGGAGUGGAGGAAGAGGAGACUGAGCCUGAAGCAAAGGAAGCAGAGCUGCCGAUUAUUCCAAACUAUAUGACUAACCCACCCUUCUUGUACUGCAAGAAGGAUAAGAGUGACCUGAGUAUAGCACGGCAUGUUUCCCAGAAUGGCACCAGUGACCAUUUGGAGGAUGUAGGGUCAGAGCCGGCCACUUUAUCCCCCAUACAGGAACAGCAACAACAACAGCAGCAGCGGUUGUACUCGGACAGCCAAAGCCAACCGGCAUUGUCCUACGUCUCCAUGGUAGAGCCGAGCAGCAUCGUGCCAAACCAGGUGACUAAUGGGACUAUGUCCAUGGAGGUCUCCCAAGAGGUUCAUCACAGCAACCAUAAUGAUUAUGUUCACAAUCACAGCAUCAGCCAGAACAGCCCUGUUUGUCCCUCACUCCCUUCAGCAAGCGCAAGCUCCAAUCCUACCAUUACCCGGCAACAAUCUCUGCCUCAUCAGCUGAACGGCUCUCAGCCCGGUGGCUCUAUGCCUGCCUUCCAGCCCUUCUUCUUCACCAGCACCUUCCCUGUUAACGUACGGGAACUUGUUCUAAAGGUGCGUAUCCAGAAUCCACAUGCCAGAGAAAAUGAUUUCAUUGAGGUGGAGCUGGACAGACAGGAGCUGACAUACCGGGCGUUGCUGCGGGUCUGCUGCCGUGAGCUGGACAUUAGCGCUGAACAUGUAGAGAAAAUACGCAAGCUCCCCAACACAAUGCUCAGAAAGGACAAAGAUGUGGCUCGGCUUCAGGACUUUCAGGAACUGGAGGUGGUGUUGGAGAAGGCGGAGAGCUUGUCUUUGUUCUCUGGCCCAGGAGGGCUGAACGACAGACCCUGCUACAACAUGAAGGCCUCGAGGCUCACCUACUAGCUCCCGCCUCCACCCACAGCACGAGGUGGACUGACUCGCUGCCCCACCUGGGACUGUAGUUCCAAAUGCCUAAAUUCCAUACCUAGGUUUUGUUUAUUGCCAUUCAACACAUCAGAUGCCAUUCUUCCAUUAUCAUCCUCUGUCUGUAUACAAUGUUAGUCAUAUACCCUUUCUCCCAAGCCUAUUGUAUUGGCCCAUGCAUGGUCCCUUCAGCCAUCUGAAGAACGAUGUGAGGCCCACCUGUAAUCCUGGUUAGUUUUGUCACAAAUCUUUGCUUUUAAACAUUUUUUUCAGCAUGACACCAUUUUUGAAUAUUCAAAAUUUUCUUGCCCGGCGUUGAGCCAUAUAUCCAAAUGUGUCACCUCCCGUGCUGCUGGCCUACAUGAAGUUUUCAAAUCUGCCUCGCUGCUGUGUUUGCUUAUGAGGCCACUGUGUGGUUUUGAGCACAGCUCACAGGGACAGUUGUGACCUGUACCAGCACUUCUUGUUGUCAGUCAUGGUCAUUAACAUAUAUAUAUAUACACUCCUUUCCCAAUAAAGCCUCUUUUAAUUUGCACUGGCAAAGCACACAGCAAAAUUCGCUUGAUGGCUAACAUUCUCUUUAAAGUGUGUUAGCUUUUUUUUUUAGUUCCACUUGGGAAAGCCAUUGUAGUUUGAUGUACUAAAAUACAGCAGCUUCAGAAUGGAGACGGGGGGGUGUUUUUCAUGUUCGUUGUGUGUGUUUGCCAGAUAAUCUCCAGUGCACUUUAAAAAAAAAAAGAAGACAAA